AAGUGUGUGUAUGCGUCUUACAUUCGCACACAUUGCUGGAAAAGAUUAUAUUCCGGAAAGAUUGUUUAUCUAAUCUUUGCUACGCUGCUGUAGCGUUCUUUUACGCAACUACACCGCGCCGUCUCAGUCGGUUCAUACCAUUCUUGGUAUUCACUUUGUUCGUUGUGUUUUCCUACGGAUAGCGGACGGUAGAAGUGACCAACCACUCCUCGCAUGUUGCGAGUGCAAUUGUGCGUAGGUAGUUUACACCAUAGGCGAGUAUUAUAACAAUGUGAAAGCGACUGAGUAAUUGGAAACAGAUAAUUUUAAAGUGCAGUUAUAACAACACCGAUGUGAUCGCAUAGUGAUCAUGAAACCUUCGAACAGAAACGCGAAGCUCAAAGAAAUUCUCGGCCUUAUUCAGCGGCCGGAUUACAACGCGGCGUCAGAAUCGACCUUCGACGAUCUCCUUUCACACAUCGAGAAGAGCAUUUCAAACAGAUGUUGCAGAAGCUGCGACAUCGACAAGUCGAUCCUGCAAAAAUGGGUUCUAAACGCACUGGCAGCAUGGACUUCGGCCGAGAAGAAACCGAGUCAGUCAGUGAUAGUGUUCACCGUGAAACUGGUUGGACUUCUGAGCCGCGACGAGUUCGAUUUUCUAUUCUGGUACCGCGAGGAUGCGUUCAAAAAAAUGUGCGCAGCUUUCGCGUUCAAGAAAGACGACAUUCAGACGUCCGUUAAGGUUGCCUACGUUGGAAUGUUCCUCCAAUUCGUUAAUCACAAGAGCGGACGACGUUGGAUCAUCGAGUCUGGUGCAUGGAAAGAAGUGGUCAAACUCACCGAAUCGAGUAAACAGCCGCAGGUCGUGACCAGUGAGAGUAAAAAAUUCGUCUGCAAAUUACUCCUCGCCGAAUCGUCGAACACGACAUUUUGCGAACAAGUGAUUUCGGUGAUCGCCCAGCCUCUGAUCAACCGCAAUAUCGCCACUCCGGUUCAUCCUGAGCUCGAAGAUCUCAACAAUCCGGCACAAAAUGCCGAGUUUUUCACCGCGUUGGAACUGAUAACUGAGGUAAUGGAGAAAACGGUGUUCGCCACGAUGGACAACACCAUACCGCGUCUUGUGGCGACGAUGACGAGUCUAGAUUUGCAGCUUCAAAUCUUGUUCGAAACAUGCACAAGCCAAAGUUUCUACCGUCACAUUAUGAACCUGAUGUAUCUGAUUGUGUUCACAAGACUGAAGGACGGAAUGACGGUACCCGACGGAGUGGUCGAGAAAGAAGUUUGGAGGGUAUUCAAGGAUAGCUUAAGGUACAUCGAAUCGGUGCUGAUAGUCAAGAGACACAUCCAGGACAUCGUCAUAGGCGAAAAAAUAUUCUUGACUUACUUGAAAAGGAUGAACAAGUUAUGCGAAAUCAAUGAACCCGACGAUAAAAAAAUCGAGCAUCACGCCAUUCUGAUGAUGCUAAUGCCGAUGUCAUCAUGCGUAGCGAGAGGCGAGGUUGAUGUGGAUAUAAUCGAAACGUUGGCAUACAAACUUAUGUCAAUGACUGACCCCGCUACCCAGAGAUUGAGCUACAUGGUUCGAAGUACCGUUCUCAACGACGAUGACCUACCGGCGGAAGAUAUCGCCAAAACUUCGGCCCGGCUGUCAAUCGAUGUCCUGGACAUCGUUGACAGAGACAGCAUGGUGGUCAUAUUUCAAGUGAUGUCGCACACGUUGAACAACUACGUUAACUUGCGGAGCAGUAAAAUGUGUCCGAACGAAGUGAGUUGCACCGGUUUCGCAGAUCUCAAACAAGACGACAUAAAGAAUGUAAGAAUUGAUAGACGAAAGUGGCGAGUUCGCGGGGAUCCGAUUAUCAAAUUCCCAGACCUCUUGUCUACACUGAUGGACGGUAUCGCGACGAUUCUGACCAAGUAUCAACUCAAGUGGCAAGACUGUUUGGAAACCAUAAGCAUUCUCACCCUGGCAGAAGACAUCAUCAAUCAUCCAAAAAUCACUCCGAAGGUAUGUGUCCAAGCACUGACACUGUGCAAAUUGGCAGUGGAAAAUUUUAUGGCACCAAAAUUGGCAUUGUUGGUGCAAUCCGACAGUCGCGAGGAUGAAAUGGGAUGCAUUUUGUACAAAAGAAUGCACGAUCCUAACUGGAAGGUCAGGACUAGUACUUUGGACGUGAUUAGAACGAUUGCGACGAUAUCGGAACACAAAUAUCCAGCCUACCAAGAUUUGCUCAUUGUGAAUGGAUUCCCAGAGCUAACAAUCGACAUGGCCAUAAACGACGACAAUCGUUACGUUCGAUCAGGGGCGCUCAUAUGCAUAAUAAUUUUUGUCAAAAUAAACAGAAUAUGGAACGAAAAAUUUGUCAACCUUGAUUUGCCAAAAUUAGCCAUUGAUCUAAUGACCAACGAAAGCGAAGCGAUAGUGCGGAGAGAAGCGGUUAUGCUUGUCAAAGAGUUGUACGUUCAAAGGAAAUGGCCAAGAUCAACGGUGAACGAAAUGACGCAAGCAAUGUGUGUGGUGGCCAUUUCGGAUCUUGACUGGGAAGUCAAGGUGAACGCGAUUCUAUUCUGGAAAGAAGUUAUAAAAUCGCAUUUCUGCGACCAGGGUAUGCUAGACGGAACGUUUCCGACCCACACAUUUUCCAAGGAACAUAGAAAAAUAGUUUCCCUCGACGAACAGGAAAUAAGAAAACGAAUUCUGAAGGCCCUCGACGAAUUAGCGAAUCGCAGUUGCCUCGGUGUACUCCUGGUCACUUUAGAAGACGAAAGUGAUUUCCAAGUCCGCAAAGCAUCCGGAGACAUAGUAAAGAGACUUAAGCAAUCUUUUGUAACUUACAAGAUAAGCCCGUCUUGCAGCAUGGAAACCGCUUAUCGCAAUCAAGACCGUGUUACGACAUCCGGCAACUCAUCACCGGACAACAACAGUCUAGGUCGUCGGACUGCGGAUCUGCAGAGUGAAACUGGAGAAUCCGAAGAUAAUCACGAGUUGCAAGCGAACCUUAUAAACUCGUUUACAGACGCUAAGGAAGUGAAUUUUUUCUCACCAGUUAACGAAGGCAUGCAUCAGAUGAGCAUAAACGCCAACGGAAAAUUGACCAAUGAGGAGAAGUUAGAACGCGCGUCUAAAGUCGGAAGAAAUGAAUUCAUACAAUCCGUUGUAACGUGUGACGUCGACAGUUUCAUAAACGAAAAAAGUAACUCGCUAGAGAAGAUGUGCACGAGCAAUUUCGAAUCUGUCGUUAGAGACAUUAUCAUUGCUCACAAUGAAGGAAAUAACACGACUGUCAUUGACCGAUUUAUCUAAUAGGGGUCGAUCAAGUUUGAAAUUGAAAUACAAGUAAAUAAGCUUGGUUUCUUUACUUUAUAGAAUACCUACUACAAUUUUACAGACAUCGCAUUCUGUUUGACUGACCAUGACCUGAUAUUUGUACAGUUAUCAAAACCAAAUCAUAAACGGAAGCAUAAUAUCGAAUACAAUUUCUCUUUUGCACUCGAUUAUUAUAAACAGAGUGAAUUUCUAACGACCGCAUCGUCCUUCGUUUACUAAAAUUGAAUACGCACAUGCCGCGAUCCGAGAUCAACUGUCUGCCAGGGCAACCAACCGUCACAAAUGUAAUUUCAAAAAUGUUUUCGGAGGUAGUUAUGCUCAUUUCAUAACUGGCAAAAUUUUCGAGGUUAGGGACAGUUGGUCGACCUGGUAAACAAUUGCUCUCGGAUCGUGGCGCGUGCGCAUUCAAUUUUAGCAAACGUCCGAUCUGCAUACAGUCGUUAGGAAUUCACUCUGUCUAUGUAAAAGGUAUACAUAUAAUGGCGCGAUAGUUACAUGAUUAUUAAAAUCAUGCAUAAUGGAUCUGAUGAUAACUUACCGUCCGAUCAUCGGAGAAACUUUGUCAACUAUCAAUCCAUUCUGAUCACCACUCACUUGAUCACCACUUCACAUAAAUUUCACGUAACUUAAGUUUUUACGCGAAGAGCUCAGUGUAUCGUAAUCAAGCGCGCAAACGAUUGCGAAACUGAAAACCUUCCAAAUGACUUCACCACACAACCGACGCAUCUAAAACUGUUCAAGUUUGAAUAACAAAAUAAUUUCCAACCAACUUCACGUCAUUGCAAGUACCUAAUUUGCAUAAAUUGACGUGAAUUCAAAUUAUUUCAAAUGGGUUAUGCAGCGCAUAAGUUCAGGUGAAUUUAAAUGACUGAUUCAAAUGAAUGAAACGGACUUCAAAUGACUUCCAUUGGCUUCAUAUGAAUUCGAGUGAAUCAUAAGACGAAUUCUUAUUAAGUGUUUAAUGAAUUAUAUCUUGAUAUUUUUCUAGUAGCAGCAUUUAAUUACACGUAUUCAACACUUGACGUACAAUUGGUUAGAGAAUGGAUUGCUAUUUGUCAGUAAUUCAUUAUUUACAUUAAAAUACGUUGCGAGUUCAAUAUUGAUUGUGCAGGUAGACCACUCGAGAAUGACUUACGCACUCAGGAAAUGAAAAAAAUCAGUAGAGAAAAGUGUAAAGAUAAAUUAUUCGUAUCAAUGAGUGAAACGAAUGAAAAUUUCAGAUAGUUUUCGAAACUAAACUGUGAAAAUCUCUGUAAAUAUAUGUAUAUUCUUGUAA